AGUGGAAUGGGAUGUGGGCUUCAAGAGUGGCGCGUACGUUGCGCGUGACGGCGUGUCGCCGCUCUUCGAUCUUUUUCGAGCUCUACGGCCGCGCGCCAGAGCCGCCGCCGGCGGAGAAGAAGGAGGGCACGAAGCCGGCGUUGUCGUGCAGCACAUCCGUCGACGAAACAGAGUGGGCGACGUGCCGCACGAUGCUGCAGCGCUUUCACGCUCAGUUGUACAUCAGUCCCCGUCACGUUCCCAUCGAGCUCCCCCGCGACACGCUGACGUCCCUCGCGGCCGUUCUGACGACGUCGGCGCGGCGCCGCAGCGGCGCCGCGAGCACAUUCUGGAAAGAUGCUCUGGAGCUGCGUGCGCACACACCUGCGCUGGACGUUGCGGCUGCCGCCGACACGGCGACCGUCCUCCUUUUUUCAGAGAAGGCAGCACUGGGCUACGAGACGUGUAUGGGGCUUCUACACGACACGAGCUUCCGUCAGCAUCUCGAGACGGCGUUGGCGGUGGAAGACACACUCCGCUUUCUGAGCGUCUUUGUGAUGUGCGGGGCGGCGGACACCAGACGCUACGUGCCGGCAGAGCUGCUACCUGUUUAUGAGGCGGUGCUCCACAACGCAAAGCACACGAUUGCGAGCACGGAGAAGUCGAAACGGUCUGGUCCGGCGCACGCCGUGGAGGUGCUGGCGUGGUCCUUGGAUUGGCUCUACGGAAACACGACCGAUGGUGCCACCGAAGGGCUUCAACGCUUGCGGCCGCUCUUCCCACCGUGGCUGCCGUUUUUGUUUGAACCCUAUGACCCCUCAGCGGCGAAGGAAGCAUUUUCCUCAUCUUUGACAUCGCUGUCCCCCCGAUGGCUGGACGAGAUGGCGCGGCGUGCUGGCGACGAGGGCGAUCAUCCAAGCGUGGAGAAGGUGCUGCGACAGGCGCAGCGGCGCGAGAGCACGACGCCCCUCUACCGCCUCUUUCAACUCUCCGCGCUCGUGGCGGGCACUUUCGUGCGCUGCUUUCCUCACCUGCCCGUCUCUACGCAGGCGGUCGAGACGUACGGGACGGCGCUGCACUGCGAUGCGCUGCGCCGCUUUGGCACUACAAAGGACGGCCUCGACAAAGCCGUCGGCCUCCUCACGUCGAUGUCGGGGGCGGAGCCCUACUUUGAGCUGCGGCAUGUGAUGCGCCAGCAGUCGGCCGAGACGGCAGCCACAACUCAAGAGACGGCAGGAGACGUGCUGACGGGCAAUCCGCAGCUGAACUGGAGCACAGCCCUCGCCUUCACGAUGCACGAAGCGGAAAGCGGCAACCCUCACUGGCGCCGGUACCUCCCCGAGACGCUGCGCCUCCUCAGCGAUGCCGGCAAGGCCGCUCCGUUUUGGAAGUUGCUGCAGGAGUACAACGCCGGCGACGGCGCAGCGAACUUGUCGGUGGCGGCCUCGCUUGCGCAGAUGACGCAGCGCAGCGGGAAGUGGUGGCAUGCGAUGGAGGUGCUGGACCUCGUGGCCGGCGCGCCGCCGCCGCGUACUGCCACCGAGGUGUCCCUUCUCGUCUCUGCCUGCACCGACGCAUUACGCGCUCCACUGCACAGCAAACGCUGGCAGGAGGCACUGGAGGUGUUCGCGUUGGUGGGGGAUGCGGUGCCCGCGCGAGAGACUGCGGUGGUGUCGCAGCUGCUCAUGAGCCUGCCUGCGGGCGCGCCGUGGGAGUCGACGCUUCAGCUGGCGAAGGCAAAAGGCUUUGCGGUGCACGACACGGAGGUGCUGCUGCGGGUGCUGCACGACAGCGGGGUAUCGCAGCAGCAGCUCUCCCACCCACAGCAGCGAGUUCUCGCGUCGGUCGCUGCGCAGCGUGGUCGGUGGGAUGUCAUGCGUACCCUGGUGGAGCACAAUCCCGGUGAUGCGCCGAUGUGGCGUAGGCUGCUGCAGGCACUGGAGUGCUGUGCGGACGCCGUGGACGACGCCGCUGGAUCGUUUUUGCUGUCUACCCUCCCGGCGACGCUCUCGCUGGACGCCCGCGUCUUUUGCGCGGUGGCACAACUCUGCCUGCAGCACGGCUGGCACCGAACGCUCGCCUCCUACUUGCGUACCGCCGACCCCUCCUCCGCUUCGUCACGUACAAGCGCGCUGCUCUCCAGUCUGAGAAAGGAGUACCAGUACCUGCUCGACUACGUCCAGACAGGCGUUCGACCGCCCCUGACGUACGUCUUCACCGAUUCCUACGUCGUUCAUCAGUUUAUUGCCUGCGUGGCGGCGCGACACGUGGCGGUGGUGGCCAUGCUGCCCGACGAAGCGUCUGUCUCGAAGAAGCGGGCCGCAGCCUACCUGCGAGUGCCGCACGAAAAUCUCGGCACUCUGCACCACUCAAACACCGCUCAGACGCCUACUUCUCCCUCUUCGUCGGUUAAGGUGUACGCGACGGCGGCGAGCGCGUUUGCGCUGAAGCACGUGCUGCACGUCAGCGCCGAUGGUUUCCUGUUUGGGUACAAAGUCCCUGGUGCGUCCCUCUUUGCAUCCGCUCGUGGUAUGUUACAGACGCUGAAGCUGCCCGGCAUCUACCUGCUAGCCUACAACAUGUCUGCCGCCAGCAGCGGUGUGUUUGUGCUGCACCCUGCCACCACAUCACUUCGACGGUACGUCUUCACCCUCAACGUGCGCUUGUGCCUGGCAAACCUCGCGGAUGCCCCGUUUGUGCCACUUCUGGCGACGACGUUUUUCAAACGCUACAACGUUGUGUGGCAUGGCGGGUCCCACGAGCGCCAUGAGGUGGAAGCGGAGGUGUUGGUGGAGCACGGGUUCGAGGUAAAGAUGGUGCUGCGAACACUGAAGAAGGACAUCAACGCGGAAGGCUGGGGACUUGUGGAGACAGAGCCCGGGGCGGGCGAUCUCUAUCACGUUGCCCAAGUACGGUGCGCUGCUCGUUCGGUGGAAGGGCAGAUCCUCGACCCUCAAGUCGUCACAUGCGGGAAGCGAAAUUUGCAGCCGAUGAACGCCGACGCCGACGCGGUGUCGUGGAUGGACGAGGCGUUAAAAAUAUGA